AUCCCUUCAGGAAUGAUGGCCUCUGAAGAUAUAAAAACUGAAGAUCCUGGCUGGGGCGAGAGUACUGAAGACUGGAGACACCUGCCAACCUCUCAACAUGUUGUCACUGGCACUGCUCUACAUUCUGGCUGUGGUUUGCUCAGCAUUGAGAACUGAUGCAAUGCCUCUAUAUUCAGACACGGCACUGCCUCAACAGGAAGAACUGAUUCAGAAACUGGUGGCAGAGGUUGAGGACAGACAGAAUAAUGACUUAACGGAGCAAAGGGACAUCAAAACUGUGCUCCCUGUCCUGCUCCAGAGAGGUGCAAAAGAAACUUUGCAACAAGAGAAAAUAAAUAACAUGGAGGAGGAUUUCAAAGCAGUCAUCUUGAAACUCGCAGCAGCUAAUAACCUGCGUUCUCAAGGCUAUCUACGAUCUGAGCAAAACUUGCCCAAAAACAAUAAGAGAGCCUGUUUUUGGAAAUAUUGUGUUACAAACUGUGAAUUAAUCCACUGAAAUGGACAGAGGAACCAGCCUAACAUACCUUUAUGUGCAAACAUCUAAAAUUGUAUGC